AUGAUCGCUCUCCCAAAUUGGCUCCGUCUUCUGCCGUCUCGCCACCCGGAAAUCGCUUAUCUAAUCGGUGAUCGAUACGCCAUUAAACUAAGAUCAUCUUGUGAUCUUUAUCAACGUUUCAGGCACUCCGGUUACAAAUGUGCAGCAAGUCACCUUACACGUGAUCGCCAAACGGUUGGAUAAUUUUGCUAUUCAACAACGGAUGCUAGUGAUAAACUUGGUGGAGGAUUGUGAGUAAAACAAAGAAGGAAAGUGAAGAAUUGAAUUGAAAAUGUUCAGCAAACUAUCAAGGAAACACACAGCAAGUUUUUGAGCUACCUUUAAACGGGGUCGACGUAGAAGAUCUGGUUUCCAAUCGAGACAGAAAAAUAAGUGAGUAACAACCCCAGGCGGUUUUGUAAAUUUGUAUGAUGUCAUUUUUUAUGUUCAGAUCAACUGGAAAGCGCAUUACGCAACACAUUCCGAGGUAGAAAUGUGAACCCGUAUAUUGCGGACAUCCGCCCAAGAUAUCUCAUUCCACGGGGAAAAGAGCACAUCUUCAAGAACAGUGUCGGGUGAGAAAAUCCAUUCUUUUAAUUUUAUUUUGACCGUUUUUCAGAACUGUGGUGGACAUUGGAACACAACAAAAGUUCUAUCCUGGCACAUUUUCAAUUGUCAGAAAUCUGCAGACUACACCAGAGUUCUGUUCGAGACCGUCAUCGGUGGUGAUGAAUAAGUACUUUGCCCCUGUGUUUUCAGUUGACUGGUGCAAUGUUUUAAUAGUAAGGAAUACGGAACACAAGUCAGAGAAUUGUGUUUUGAUUUCAGAGAAAUGUGUCCGCAAUCAUUGAUGAAGAUGAUAGCGAGGAAUCUAUUAAAAAGAAGGUUACUCUCGAUAAGUCGGAAUCAAAGGAUAAAGAAGUGAGCUCAUACUUUUCGAAUCAUAGAAACAGUUGUUUUGACAGCAAUCAAUCGAUCGACCUGAACCGCCACCACAAGAAAUCUACGGUUACAGUGGAUACAACUUCUUCAACAGUGUCAUCCUGUUCCCCGCCAUUGCAAUCAUCUGUGUUAUUCUCAUUUUGGUACUGACUAUGAUAGUGAGUCUCAUUUUUUUGGAAACAGAGAAGGGCAGAAAUGGCGAGACUACAAAACUUCUGGGUAACUUAUUCAGCCUCGUCUUUUUCCAUUCAAAAUCUGUUUUUGUUGUAGUGAAACCAUGGAGGAGUACGUCAGUGUCUGCCAAAACCAGAAAAAGCUGCGAGAACUUUCGAUCCAGCGUCAGUUGCUCAGUAUGGGAUCAGAGACCAACUCGGGCACUCCAACCGGUGAGCGAAUCAUCGUAGUUUGUUAUCAUAGUUUGUGUCCAUAUCAGGAAUCCAUUCCUACUUGCAAACAAGAAGCAGAGCACCAAGCACCAUUGCCAGAUUCAGUAAGAGUGCGAGUCGCCUGAACGAUAGAGGUAUUUCGCAAUUAUUCAGGGUUUUCGCAGUUUUUUUUUGAUUUUUGAUUUCAGAGGAUACAGUUGAAGUUCUCCCGUCUAUUGAUCACGUUCCAGUUGGAAAGCAAACAGUAGCGGAAGCGGCAAAACAGUGUGGAAGCUCUCUCCAUCUCUACAGAAACCCCCUGAGUGACGAGAGUGACGAACACGAGACUGAGAGCUCUGAGGAUGAAAACUAA